AUGGAUGAUAUUGUUCAAAUCGAAUCAGCUAAGGCUAUCACUGCUUUAAAUGAUGCAUUGACAAAAAACAAUUACGAGGGUGUUCGAAAUAUUAUCGCUAGUGCUGUCUCCUCUGCUUCUUGUGCACCUUGGGAUCUGGUAUCGUGGCUUUUGAGCAAAGUUGAUGAUUCGACGGUUAAGCAUUCUGUUGAAUUAGAAAACCUACUUAAAACGAAUGUUUCUGAACUAUCUCAGUCUCUUAGUGCUAAGGAAUUUGUGUUAAUCCUUCUUAGCAAAGUAGAAUCAAGCAAUUCUCUUUGUGUACUAACCUUUUCCAUGCCUUUCCUGGAAUAUUGUGCACUUUCUUUUGGACUUUCUGAUUACUUAAACACGCAUCUUAUCUUCAAGUCCAUUCAAACUAAAUUGCACGCUUUUAUAUCGGGAGCUAAUGACCCAUUUCGUCCUAAAUUUGCUAAAUAUCUUAAUGUUUUGAUUCGCGGCAUAAGCCAUUUGUUUCACUGCAUGUUUUCAAAGACAGCUGACAAAAAUGAUGCUCUCAUUUACUCGGAAGACGUACUUUAUUACUUUUCAGAGACUCUAUAUUUCGUAGGUUUAAAUGAGGAUACAAUGCCUGUUUUCCGAUCUUUUAUCUCCGUUUUGCAAAUAACCGGCCCGCCCCUGUACUCCCGGUGCUAUGAACUUCUUCAGUUUUCGAAUAACUGUUCAGAUGUUAUUGCUGCUUCUGCUAACUUCGCUGAUCGCGAAAUAGCAUUGUUACACGCUUUGGGCUUGUGCUUGACAUCUUUUCCCGUUUGCUCAUUUUGGCCUACCAUUUUUACGAAAGAGUAUGAACUGAAAUUAUUUGUUUGUAUUGCUUCAUCAUUUGUACAGAAGAUAGAAAGGUUCAUUGCUGAUGGCUCUUUUUUAUCAAGGGUGGAUGUUAAACGACUUAUUCGCACCCAAGAACACCUUAUUAGCUUAGCUUCUAAGCUUCGACGAUGUCUUCCAUCUACUUGGUGGACUUCAUUUCCCAUCUCACUCAUAAGAAAUUUCGAAGCAAUUUCAAAAUAUCCAAUCUCAUCCGAAAGUCUUCCUGUUGAGGUCAAAAACUGCGUAUUAGCCAUCGAGGCUCUCCUGUCUUCUGCUUCAAUUACCGCUUGUUGUGAAUUAUUCAUCGGUAUCAUGGAUCGGUCGAUUAAGCCCUUUCAUUGUGGGCUAAGAUCUCAUAUGAUCGUUCUAUUCAAAAAUUUUUUGAACGACACUUUGUUGAUAUUGCAGGAUGGCCGUCGUAACGAUCUACUUAUCGCAGAGAACCUAGUGGGAGAGUCUAGUGUCACAUUGCCAUUCGAUUUCGAUUACCUUCGAGGCAUGUGUGACCUAAUAUUCCAGUACCCACUACCCGGUUGUGAUGACUCCCUCUUCGACCAAUCCAGUUGGCUAAUGGCGGCGCUAAACUUGGCAAUCUAUGUCAAUAUUCGUACAAGGUCAAUUUCAGCUUUAGAAUGUAGUGCCGAAAUCAAAGAAAUCUCCCAUGGAGUUGCACUGGCUUUCAGUCGUCCUGACGCCAAAGGCCGAAGUACACUGAAAACCAGGUUCCUCGAUCCCCUCUCCUCAGACGUUGCAUCAAUUUCAAACAGGUAUAAAAUGGCGGAAAGGGAGCACGAAGCGAAUCCCGAUCCCAUGACCAUUUCUCCCAACGCACCGAGUCUGCACGACUGUCAACUUUACUUACUCCGAUUUCGUUUGCUAAUGGACACUGUAUCCCGUGUGGGGGAGUUCCCUGUUGCCUAA